GUGCCAUAGACAGUAGACUCUAUGUUGUUUAUAGAUAGGGGUUAUAUAACCAAGGAUAAUAGUUAAUAGUAUUAUUAACAUAAUAAUAAUAGUGUAAUAUCUUUGUUGACUCUGCUAGGAACGAAUAAAAACAAUACCUUUUAUUCAAAACUUUGAUCGAAACCUAUCAAAAUGAUGAAAUUAAAUGUUUUAAAGAACAUUUUUCCAGGCAAAGCGAGGCACGAUAUUUAUGUUACUAUUGCUAGCACUUUGGUAAAUUCUGCAAGAUUCAAAGCAACAUUUAACAAGGCAAGUGACACUUCAAAUUCUGAACAAAGUGAAGAUAUUUAUCCUAGUGACAAGACAACAACAACUAUGCAAAUCAAGAUAAGUAAUACAAGAGUGGAUUUGAUUAUUAAAUCAGGAUUGGGGAUAGCUCGUAAUAAAAUAGAAAAACUGUUCUUUGACAAUAAAAUAAGAGUGAAUGGUCAGAAAAUUGGAAAAAAAAGUGAACAGAUAGAAGAAGGAGAUGAAAUUGAUGUGAUUAAAGGACCUAGUCCAAACAAUCCAGAACAUCUUGUGGUAGCUAGAGUUGAGAUAUUAUCAAUGAAACCUGAAGAAGAAACAAUUUCUGUCAAAAUACGGAGAAGCAGAUCAUUAUUAGUGGAGAGUAAAUAUUACUGAUCCUUUUUUAGGGAAAAACUUAAGGCUAUUAUUACAUCUGUAAAAAAUUGUGAACGCAUAAUUCUAUGUCUUUAAUUUCUAUCCUUAUGUUAUUAUUGCUACAAACAAGGAUAUAAAAAUAUUA